AUGACAUUGAUUCCGGACUUCUCGUUUGACCCCGGUGAAGACUGUGGCGAGGAAGACAUGGCCGUUCAAGACUCUGAAGAUUACUACCGAGAUGGCCUCGACACUCGAGGCCGUCACAACCAGUGGAUCUUUGCAGAACUCUAA